AUGGACGACAGAUGGAAUCUUAUUGGAAAAACAGCUCUGGUGACCGGUGGAUCUCGUGGCAUAGGGCAUGCCAUAGUGGAAGAAUUAGCAAGAUUUGGAGCCACAGUUCACACGUGUUGUCGAAAGAAAAAUGAGUUGGAGCAGUGUUUGGAAGAGUGGAAAAAGAAGGGUUACGAUGUAAGUGGGUCAGUGUGUGAUGUGUUGUUCAGAGACCAAAGAGAAAAACUAAUGGAAACUGUGUCUUCUCAUUUUCAAGGAAAGCUCCACAUUCUUGUAAAUAAUGCUGGGACAAUAAUAUCAAAGAAUCCCACAGAGUUUACUGCUGAAGAUACUUCAAUUCAAAUGGGAACGAACUUUGAGUCUGCUUUCCAUUUCUCACAACUGAGUUAUCCUCUUUUCAAAGCUUCUGGAAAUGGAAGCAUUAUCUUCAUUUCUUCUAUUGCUGGAGCUACAGCUUUUCCAGGUUGUACUCUCUAUGCUGCAACAAAAGGAGCAAUGAACCAAAUAACAAAAAAUUUGGCCUGUGAAUGGGCCAAGGACAACAUUCGUGCAAACACAGUUGCUCCAGGAUUUAUUAGAACCAGCUUCAUACUCAUGUUUUCUCAUAAUGUUAUCAUAUUAUUGAAAAAGGGAAAUGGGUAUGUGGGUCAACUAAUUGAUCGAACUCCAAUGGGACGUGUGGGAGAGCCUAAAGACAUUUCUUCUGUGGUGGCUUUUCUUUGUCUACCUGCUGCUUCAUAUGUCACUGGCCAAGUUCUUUAUGUUGAUGGUGGAUUUACUGUGACCAGCUUUCCGACACCAUCUCCAACUAAAUAAACACUAGCAAAUGAGAC